GGGGGUGGCAAGCCUACCUUGCUUUUUCUCCUUUUUUGUCUUCUUAUUAAAACCUCAACCAGUCUCCCAAUCCAAUUCCCUCUCCUUCUCCAAUCAUUCUAUCAUCACUUGGACCUCCUUCUGCCAAGGUUUUGUACGAUAAUCUAAAGAGUGUACAGUAAGGCUGGUCUCCUUGUUUUUAGGAUUCGAGGCUGGUCUACCAUUUUCCUUUUCAAGUUUGAAAGAUCAGAAGAAGAUCCAAAACAAAUGGCACCAGUAACUCUUCCUCCUGGUUUCCGAUUCCACCCGACCGACGAAGAACUCGUCGCUUACUAUCUCAAAAGAAAGAUUAAUGGCCGUAAGAUUGAGCUUGAGAUCAUUCCUGAAGUCGAUCUCUAUAAGUGUGAACCUUGGGAUUUACCAGAGAAAUCAUUCUUACCAAGCAAAGAUCUCGAAUGGUAUUUCUUUAGCCCUCGAGAUCGGAAGUACCCAAAUGGGUCUAGGACUAACCGAGCAACUCAAUCCGGUUAUUGGAAAGCAACAGGGAAAGACCGGAAGGUGAACUCACAGAUGCGUGCAGUUGGCAUGAAGAAAACCCUAGUUUACUACCGAGGAAGGGCACCUCAUGGUGCUCGAACUGAUUGGAUCAUGCAUGAAUAUAGGCUUGAUGAGAGAGAAUGCGAAAAUGCCACAGGCUUGCAGGAUGCGUAUGCACUAUGUCGUAUAUUUAAGAAGACGGCUCCUGGCCCUAAGAUAGUAGAACAUUAUGGUAUCCAAUAUGUUAACCGUUACCAAAUGAUGCCUAAUGAUCAAUCAUCUACCCUAGAGCUGUCUCCUGAGAGAAGAGGUGAUGAUAUAGACAGCUCUUGUUAUCCUUUUCCAUCAGAUACAUGCUCACCAGACACCAUUCAAGGAUCUUCAUCACUAGGGAAUAAUGAUCCAACAGAUGGGAAAUGGAUGCAAUUCUUAGCAGAAGAUGCAUUUGGCUUCCCAAACCCAGCCUUCCAGACCCAUGGCAGUAUUCCCUGCCUUCCAUCUAAGGUUGACAUUGCUCUAGAGUGUGCAAGGUUGCAACAUCGCCUCUCAUUGCCUCCAUUGGCAGUGGAGGAUUUCCCUCAAGUUGAAAUCAAUGACUCAAAGCUGCCUCAAGUGGGUUCCUUUCGGAAUAACACAAAUGAAUCCGAAAUAUUGCAGGAAAUUCUUUCAGUUGCUUGUGCCUCUCAAGAACUCCUGAAUGAAUCCAACUUUCAAGUCACAUGGCCAGGAAACUAUGCUAAUUUAGAUGAAUUUUCUUCCCUAGCUGAAAUAGAAAGAAUGGAAGAAACACCAAACUUUCAAGCUAAUGAUCACUCAAGGUCUAUAAGCAUUGGGGAUUUGGAGGAAGAGUUCAAGACUGAGAGGGUAGUAGAGAACUUGCGUGGGGUGGGGAUGCCAAACAAAGAGCUAGAGAAGAGAAUGAUGGAAGAACACAAGACUGUGGCCAUAGAGAAUUGUUCAAAUUUCCAGGAGUUGAUGAUCAAGGAGGAAAAUGUUGAUAGUGAUGACUUCAAGGACUUCAAUGACUUCAAUGAAAGUGACAAAUGUGAUUUACAGUUUAUCAGCAACAACCCAAAUGUGAUCUUCUCUCAAGAUGAUGACUUGAACAAUUUUUCCUCUGAUCCAAACUUUGAAGUAUAUGAGAAAGUUGAAGUGAACCAUGGGAUGUUCAUUUCGAGUCGUCAAGUAGCGGAGACAUUCUUCCACCAAAUUGAGCCUUCGAAGACUGUUCAAGUCCAUUUGAAUCCAUUGAUGACAUAUAACUACCCCAUGGUGAAAGUUGAUACAUCAUCAAGGCCUCAAAAUGGCUCAUUCUUUGGUAAGUUCAAGGCAUUUGCAAGAGAUAAGUUUAGGGGGAUCAGGAGUUCAAUGAAGAGAAGGAGUGGAUGGACCCUAAUAAAUGAUACAACAAAUGCUGGUAUCCAUAAUAUACUUGCACUUCUGUUGACAUCAUGUGUCUAUCUUGGAGAGAAUUCUGAGAACAUGGUAAUAAGAGAUGAAUUCUCUACUGAUGGAAAAGCCAUGAUGGAGAGAAGAGAAACUAGCUGCUCUACCCCAGUCAACAAGAAGAGAAGAACAAGAACAGUUAAAUGGAGUGAUAAGAAGAACAAUGUUUGGUUUGCUAACUCUAAAGUAGGAAGCAUUUCUAGUGUGCUUGCACAUAACAAAUGGCUAUUACUCACCAUUGUUUUGGUUGUUUAUGCCAAUUGGGGUUACAUCAUAUGAUGUCUUGACUCUUAAACUGUAAUUUAUUUCUCUCCAAAUUGUACCAUAGAGGAAGGCCACAAUUAGCUUUUUAACAUGGGGAGUCUAUACAUGCUAACAAGCUGGUAAUGUUUGUUGGAAUUAAUUAUCUUUUUAACAGGAGAAUUUUAUAGUUUCUCAUAAGAUUGUAAUAUUUAUUGAACUAGUCAAAAGAUGGAUUUAAAUGUUUGGGGUUCCUAACA